UGGCUCAGCGCCUACGUAAACACGUCCCCCACACGUCCUGCAUGGACCUUUGUGGUAGACGCUGUACUAAACACCCUGAAACCGGAUGGGGUUAACAACCCGAAUGAUGUUCAAACCUUCCUCACCUUCUGGGCACCCCCCACAAGGGGAACAUGCGCAAGCAGAGUACCUAAAGAAAUAAUCUCAAUGUUAAAAAUGGCAAGAAAACACAACAUGAGCUUCGCGCCGAUUAAACUCUCACAAACCCAUAAACAACAACUCCCAGCAUGGCUUCACCUCGGCGCACUACCGCGGACCUAUCAUAAGAUAAAAGACGCAUGCCUAAAACGAACCCAUGAAGUAAAAACAAUCAAAGACCUAUUAAAAGUGAGUAAUAGACCAACCACAGUUCCACACCACUGGGAGAAUCAUGACUGCGUAUGUGGUCAAUGCAUAUCGGAUAGACUGGCAGGAUGCAAAAACCCACAUAAAUGCAUAUCCACGGCGGCAGCAAUCAUAAACAACCUGACCCCAAAAUUCAACCCAUUUCAUUGUCCAGUCAACUACGGACUUACACUCACACACCGCCGCCUGGAAAAGAACACAAGAGCAAGAACUCAACACAGAGGAGACAUCGUCUUCGAUCCAUCAGUCUCGGAAAAAUCACAACUAGCAGAGUGUUUCAGAAUCUUUGCGGGAGACUCAGAGACCGCACAGACCCCAGCUCACCGGCUCCAAAGACCCAACCAAGGACGGGGACAACAAGAACCACCUGUCGAGAUUUACACUGACGGCUCAUGCAUAAACAAUGGAAAACAAGAUGCACAGUGUGGCAGCGGCAUAUGGUUCGGGGAAAACAACCCCCUGAACAAGGCCGUAAGGAUCCCUGGUGAAAACCAAUCCAACCAAACAGGAGAAGUAGCUGCGAUACUAAUCAGACUACAGAGUGUCAGCCCUCUAGUCCCAAUUACAAUUAUAACAGAC